AACCAGAGACCGCUUGGACAUAUCAAGUCAAUCUGUGAGGCUCGGCGACGUUUGCAAGGAGCACUGGGGGGAAAAAAAAGUACAGUUUUGAGGGGGAAAGAACAUUCCAGCGUAGAGGACUUUGGGAAUGCUGGCUCCAUGUGUGCUAUGGUCUGUGCUGUGCGCGCUCAGCUGUGUGAGCGUGUGCGUGGAGGCGGCCGCACGCCUCAAGUCUCACUCGCUUCCCAUCCAGUCUGAGAGGGAACCUGCACCCUCCAAAGGCCUCGCAGGAUGCUCAUUUGGGGGUCGAUUCUACUCUCUGGAGGACACGUGGCACCCAGAUCUGGGGGAGCCCUUUGGUGUGAUGCAUUGCGUCCAGUGCUACUGUGAGCCUCAAAAGAGUCGCCGUGGGAAGGUGUUUGGGAAGGUCAACUGCAAGAACAUCAAGCAGGACUGUCCGGAUCCAGACUGCGAUGAUCCCAUUUUGCUGCCGGGACACUGCUGUAAGACCUGCCCAAAAGGUGAAGAGGACAAGAAACAUAUCGACACGUCACUGGACGGAUUUGAGUAUUUCCACGAAAAGGGCAAAGGGAAGGAGGAUGACCUUCACAAAUCUUACAACGACAGAUCCUACCUGAGCUCAGAGGACAUGGGCCCUGGAGAGAGCCGCACUGACUUUGUAGCCCUGCUGACAGGAGUGACAGAAUCAUGGCUGCCCGGCACCAGUGGCGUCGCCAGAGCUCGUUUCUCUCUGACCCGAACCAGCUUGGCCUUCUCCAUCACAUACCAAAAAAUGACCCGCCCCGGUGUAAUCAUCUUCUCGGGUUCAGAUGGUGCCUCUGCUUUUGAGUACAAAGUCCCCAAAGGACAAUCGGACAUGAUCUGUGGUGUGUGGAAAAACUUGGCAAAGCCUCUCCUGCGUCAGCUGCAGAACGAGCAGAUGCGCAUCAGCAUGAGCACCACAACGAGCCGACAAGAGGAAGUGGAAGGGAAGAUCAUCAAACACAGGGCUUUGUUUGCUGAGACAUUCAGCUCUACGCUGACAUCGGAGGAGGAGAACGCGGCCAUGGGAGGCAUCGCCAUGUUGACGCUGAGUGACACCGAGAAUAACCUUCACUUCAUUCUCAUCCUUCAAGGCCUCGUCAAACACAAAGACAAAGAGCCGCUGGUUCUGGUUCCCAUCCGAGUCCAACUGGUUUACAGACAACACAUCCUGAGAGAGAUACGAGCCAACGUCACAUCUCAUGAUCCAGACUUUGCAGAGGUGCUGACGGACAUGAACAGUCGUGAACUAUUCUGGCUGUCUCGUGGCCAACUGGAGAUUGCAGUGCAAACGGAAGGUCAAAAUCCCCAUCGCAUCUCCGGAUUCAUUAGUGGCAGAAAAUCAUGUGACACCAUCCAGAGUGUGAUGUCCAGUGGUGAUGCAUUAACUCCUGGGAAGACAGGAGGCACAGGCUCCGCUGUCUUUAACCUCCAUGAUAAUGGUACACUGGAUUAUCAGGUUCAGGUCGCGGGUCUCACCAGUGACGUGGUCGGCCUCACUAUUGAGUUGAAGCCACGGCGACGAAACAAGCGCUCAGUAUUGUACGACUUGACACCUGAGUACAACAAAGCCGCGGGAAGGGCGGUCGGCAGCUGGAGUCGCCUUGAGGCCCGAAAUAUCCACAUGCUUUUGCAGAAUGAACUCUUCAUCAAUGUGGCGACAACUCACAACCAAGAGGGAGAGCUGAGGGGUCAGAUCAAGGCGCUGCCCUACAGCGGCCUGGAGGCUCCAAGGCAUGAGUUGCCCACCCCUCUGGCAGGCCACUUUGUGUCCCCUCCAAUUAGAACCGGCGCUUCCGGCCACGCUUGGGUGUCUGUGGACAAAUUUUGUCACCUGCAUUACGAGAUUGUUGUGGCGGGCCUCAGUAGGAACGAUGACCUCACUGUGAAUGCCCACCUCCAAGGCCUGGCUGAGAUUGGAGAGCUGGAUGACAGCAGCGCCAGUCACAAGACACUGCUGACUGGAUUUUAUGGAUCGCAGGCUCAGGGAGUGUUGAAGGACAUCAGCGUUGAAUUACUGCAGCACUUGGACCAAGGAACAGCCUUCAUCCAAGUCAGCACCAAGCUCAACCCAAGAGGAGAGAUCCGCGGACGGGUGCAUGUGCCCAACAACUGCGAGUUUGGAACCAAGGGUGGAGUACAUGAAGCUGAAUUUGAUGACUUUUUCGUAAAAGAUCCCGAAGAGCUGAAGAAAGACCCUCACACCUGCUUCUUCGAGAACCAGUACCAUGCUCACGGAUCUCGCUGGACUCCCAACUAUGACAAGUGUUUCUCCUGCAGCUGCCAGAAGCGAACUGUUAUCUGUGAUCCGGUAAUCUGCCCGGUUUUGACCUGCACCGCAACCAUCCAGCCUGACGACAAAUGCUGCCCGGUCUGUGAAGAGAGAAAGGAUCCAAAGGACAUAAAAGCUUCAGAAAAAGUGGAUGAAAAUCCUGAAGGUUGCUACUUUGAGGGAGACCAGAAGAUGCACGCUCCAGGAACGACAUGGCAUCCUUUUGUACCUCCCUUUGGUUACAUUAAAUGUGCAGUGUGCACUUGCAAGGGUUCCACCGGUGAGGUACACUGUGAGAAGGUGACAUGUCCAGUGUUAACCUGCAGCCAUCCUGUCCGACGUAAUCCCUCGGACUGCUGUAAGGAGUGCCCGGAAGAAGAGAAGACCCCGGGUGGCCUGGAGCACAGCGACAUGAUGCAGGCAGAUGGACCCAGACACUGCAAAUUUGGCAAGAACUUUUACCAGAACAGCGACAACUGGCAUCCGUGGGUACCGCUUGUGGGGGAGAUGAAGUGCAUCAACUGUUGGUGUGAUCACGGUGUGACCAAAUGUCAACGAAAGCAAUGUCCAAUACUGACAUGUUCCAACAUCACACGCAGGGAAGGCUCGUGCUGUCCUGACUGUCUCGAUUCCAGAGAGAACGAUGACCUUGCGAUGAAGCCUUCAGACAAAUGGCUAAACUGGAGACACUGACGUGACCAAAAAAAAAAAACAACCCAGUGACGACUUGUGCAAAGACCACCUUCCUAAUCCAGAUAAACCCAGAAUUUACACCCUGGGUCCCCACCCUCCCACCCACCGUGUCGUCAGCUUCAGGAUUGUAAAGUCCAAAGAUGGACGAAUCAGAGACAUUUAUCUAAGGGAUGCUGAAUGAAGGGAUGGACCAAUAAGACUCUCUAAACCUGCCGACUUUUCCUUCUUGGAAUUAUUUUUUUUUGCUUUUUUUCCCUCUCAGCAGCUUCCUUGAACGGAAGUGUUUCCUUGUGUGAAAUCCAGUUGAAUGUCUCCUUUUUGGAGUAGAGGCACAGCUACGGUACCGUAGCAGUACAACGUGGCCAAUGUACGUUUGAAUGUGUGAAUAUGCGCGAGUCGGUAUGUGUGCUUGUUGUGUUAAUGAGUCGAGAGUAUAACACACGGACAGGACAGUAAACUCACUGGGUGGCGAUUGCAGCCAAAACAUUCUUGUCCCCAUGGAGCAUAUUUCCUCUCAAGCGAACCAGUCCAAAUAUGAAUUCUUUUGGCAGCAUGGAGGUGAGAAAGGCUCCAUUUGCUAUGAAACCUGAGCUUUGCCUCCUGUUAAUGCCAUUCUUUCACGGCUCCUAUUCCGUCGCCCGUAUGUUUUGAAUUAAGUAAUAUUGUACAAUUUAAAAAAAAAUUUUGAUUGUGGUUGAUGAAGCUGGUUUGUAUUUCUAUUUAUUGUCGUGGAGGAAAAA